CUCCCCUCUGGCAGGUUAAAGCCAUUCCCCUUGUCCUGUCCCCAUUCCCUCUUGUCCUAUCCCUUAAUGGAAGGGAGGACCUUAAAAGGAGAGCAGGUAUCAUUCGACUCCUAAUGAGAGCAACAUUCCACUACUAGAAUGACCUAGAAUUGGGCCUUAAGUGCUCUGUAGACCCAAGCGAGCAGUGUGUAGGCUGCAGCAUGGUUUUUGCUCUAUGUGGAUUCACUAAAUGAGUAGAAGCUUCUCUAGAAGGUGGUGGCUGCUUGUUCUAACUCUGAGUUGACACUGGUCACAGGCAGCCACUGCCUGAAGCCUUUGCCUUGAGCAGCCUGUGUCCUAGAGGAAGCUCCCCACGCUGCGGGGGGAACCGCUGAGGGUAAAAGGACGUGUGUGCAUGUCGCACGCUUGGAUGCAUAUGGGUAGUUCCUAAAUGGAUGUGAGAUGGGACCCUAAUGGGGGGGGGGGGGGGGCAAGACCUGAAAGAGGGUAGUAAAAAUCUGUCAUUUAACUGUCCUGCAUCUCAAAAUCAUGAGGGGUGUGGAUUCUGCACUCCUCUGGCAAUGGGAUGUAUGUGGGUGGUGGGAUACGGAUCCAGGUGUGCUGUUAAGCAAAACUAAUUGGAACUUUAAGCCAGGACAUCCAAACCUGAGGCGCUUCAGACUUGCAGCCUGUCCUUAGAAGGGUGAAAAUAUGUUUUCCAAUUUUUCCAGUGUUUUCCAAUGAGUUUUUCCUCCUUCUCUCUACAAGGUCUGUAGCAUCCAGGAGCCCCCUCAGGCUGCAGGGCUUGCGGCUGCCCCUCAGGCUGCAGGGCUUGGGGCUGCCCAAGGGCAAGGGUAAGGCUCCAGUGCAUCCAACAGGGAAAAACUGCCUUUCUGGGAAGGCAAAGCCCUCGGCUCUGAGAGGAAACGGAGCCUGAGUGCUGCAGGUCAGAGCCAAGGCUGUUGUGCGCUGACACACGCCUCACCUUUGGGACUAACUGAAUCUAGGCCAGCGACUUCCAACCUGUGAUCUCUGCCUUAACCGAGGGAUCCCAAAUGGAUCCUGAGACAGGACAGGAGCAACGCUGAGGUUCCCUUGUGCAUCCGUGCUCACUGCAGCAGCCGGCAGCUCGCGCUGGGGCCGGGAGGCUGCUGAUCCCCCCCAGCCCGUUGUUUGGAGGGCGAGAGGUUGGGGGUAACCGGGAGAGGCCGCGUUGCCUUUCUCUUGGCGCGCCUCGUGUUCUCUUUGUCCGCAGGUUGCAGGGUCAGCGGAGCUGUUCCGGCAGCGCCCAACCCGCCGCCAUUCCCGCUUUUCCCGCCCCGGUGUCUUCCCCCCCCCCCCCCAACCACCAAUUUUCAUGCUUUUAGACUCAUUUUGAAGCUGAGUUUUCUCAGAAACCUCUUGGUAACCCCCUGCUCGCAGUUUACUCCAUCCCACACCCGUCUGAGGCAAAGUUUACCAUGCGCAAUUUACUUGUAGUUGUAGUUUUGGGGGAAAAACAUCCUCCCAGAGCAGCGCUUCCCAUCGGCUUCGCUCUGCCGUGUCACCCAGGCCACGGUGUCACCAGCGGGGCUGGACGGGAGCCCCUGGAGCGACCUGGAUCUAACGGCCCGGGGGGGGUUAGAGGCCUCUUGCGGAUUGUUUGGAUUAUUCGGAUUAUUCUGGUUAUUCAGUCCCGAAGGGCUGGGGAGCCCCCGCUGAGGAGGUGCAUUGGGUGGCUGUGGGAGGGGGGGGUCACUCGGGUCUCCUCUCCCACUGGGCUCUCCGUGGCCCGGUUUGUGGAACAAUAACGGGUCCCGGUGGCCGCGGGGCUUUCCCGGCACCGGACCCCGCGCUUUGGGAACUGCGGGAUUUUGCGUCUCCCGGGUCGCGGAUCCCCGGUGCAGCCCCCGGGGAGCGCCGGUCCCAGCGGGUGUCCCUGUGCCCCCCCCACCCCGGACCCCGGCUCCCGGGAGGCGGUGGCGGGGGCUCCGCCCCUCCCGCUCGUUCCCGCCAGCGGCGGCCAAUGGGCGGGCGCCCGCCGCGCACGGGGCUUUUCCGCGCCAAACUCCAAAGCCCGCGGAGCGCAGCGCGGCACCGGCCUCCAGCACCGCCACGCCGCACCGGCGCCAUGUGGAUCCAGGUACGCACCAUGGACGGGAAGGAGACUCACCGCGUGGAUUCGCUUUCCAAGCUCACCAAGGUGGAAGGGCUGCGGCUGCGGAUACACGAGGUUUUCGGUGUCGAGCCACACCGGCAACGGCUCUUCUACCGCGGCAAGCAGAUGGAAGAUGGUCACUCCCUUUUCGAUUACAGCGUCGGCCUGAACGAUAUUGUUCAACUCCUGGUGAGACAAAGCCCCGCGGUGCUUCCCGCUGUUAGCAAGGAAAAGGAUCCUGAGCUCUCGGACACAGACUCUGGCUGCGGCUCAGGCCAAAGCGAAUCUGACAAAAGCUCUCACAAUGGUGAAGGUGCCCUGGAACUGGAGGGACAGCCCAGCACCGCGGCACAGCCCGACUGGACCGACCCGGGCUUCGGCCUCUAUAAGAUCAAUGACCUGGUCGACGCUCGAGAUAUGAAUAUGGGGGCAUGGUUUGAAGCCCAGGUUGUAAAUGUAAGCAGAAAAAAACCUGCAAGUGCAUCAGCUGAGAGCUGCUCAGAUCCUGACCAGCCGACAGCCAUUCCUGAAGAAGACGUAAUAUAUCAUGUGAAAUAUGAAGAUUAUCCAGAGAAUGGAGUUGUACAGUUGAGUUCCAAUGAUGUACGGGCUCGUGCACGGACUAUUUUGAAGUGGCACCAGCUGGAAGUGGGGCAGGUGGUGAUGGUCAACUACAACCCCGACGAGCCGAAGGAGAGAGGGUUUUGGUACGAUGCAGAGAUCCUGCAGAAAAGGGAAAUGAAAAUGAUCAAGGAGAUAAAUGCAAAGAUAUUACUUGGGGAUGCUGGUGAUUCCUUGAAUGACUGCAGAAUUAUAUUAGUGGAUGAAAUUUAUAAAAUAGAAGAACCAGGCAGUGCUUGUCCACUUACUGCUCCUCCAGUCAAACGCCAGAAUGGACCUGUGUGUAAAGCUUGUAAGGACAACCCGAACAAGACCUGCAGAAUCUGUGCUUGCCAUAUCUGUGGAGGCAAACAAGAUCCAGAUAAACAGCUCAUGUGUGAUGAGUGCGAUAUGGCUUUCCACAUCUACUGCCUCAACCCUCCCCUCAGCAGCAUACCAGACGAUGAGGACUGGUAUUGCCCUGAAUGUCGAAAUGAUGCAAGUGAGGUGGUUUUAGCAGGAGAGAAAUUAAAAGACAGUAAAAAGAAACAAAAGAUGGCAUCUGCUAAUUCAUCCUCGCGGAGAGACUGGGGCAAGGGCAUGGCUUGUGUCGGUCGCACAAAGGAAUGUACCAUUGUCCCCUCGAACCACUAUGGACCAAUUCCUGGGAUUCCGGUUGGCACCAUGUGGAAGUUCAGAGUUCAGGUGAGUGAAUCUGGCGUUCACAGGCCCCACGUUGCAGGGAUCCACGGCAGGAGUAAUGAUGGUGCCUAUUCCUUGGUUCUGGCAGGGGGCUAUGAAGAUGACAUAGAUCAUGGAAAUUCCUUCACAUAUACAGGGAGCGGAGGGCGCGAUCUUUCUGGGAACAAACGCACAGCGGAACAGUCUUGUGAUCAAAAACUCACCAACAUGAACAGAGCUCUGGCUUUGAACUGCAGUGCCCCCAUCAAUGAUAAAAAUGGAGCUGAAGCCAAGGACUGGAGAGCUGGAAAGCCAGUCCGAGUGGUGAGGAAUGUGAAAGGUGGCAAACAUAGUAAAUACGCUCCUGUGGAAGGGAACAGAUAUGACGGAAUAUAUAAGGUUGUGAAAUACUGGCCUGAGACAGGGAAAUCUGGAUUUUUAGUGUGGCGUUACUUACUUAGGAGGGAUGAUGAAGAACCUGCUCCUUGGACUAAAGAAGGAAAGGACAGGAUGAAAAAGCUUGGCCUAACCAUGCAGGUACUCUUUUGGAACAUUCUUGGGGUUACCCGGGGCAAUGAACUUGAUGGAUAGAAGGAACUUUUUGAUCAUAUGUUCUUACUGAGGAUGACCCUUGUGUAAGAAUGAAGACAGCC